AUGGACUUUAAUCCAAAUCACCCAAAAUGGAUUUGUUGUUGUUGCCAUUUAACAAAUGGCUUAAUGACUUUGGCUGCUUUUGAAAUUUUUGUGUCAUUUUUAUUAUCGUUGUAUUCGUGCAUUUUUAUUUUCAUUCCUAACGAACAGCGCGUACAUACUCCAUGGUUUCUAAUAAUACUAACGUCAGUAGCUGUGAUAUAUGCCAUUGCAUCUGCAUCACUCAUUGCUGGAAUACAUUUGUACAAGGAAAUUUAUAUGUAUCCCACACUGGCUGCUCGAACAAUACUUGUUUUAUUCAUGCAAGCAUUUGGAGUUUCUACCGUUGUAAAACCAACAAAUCCGAUUAGUGCUGGGGGGAAUAUUAAUGGAUGGAGCAAAUCUGCUCUACAAAACAAUAUCAAUCACAGAAAAAAGGAUGAAUCGUCAACUGCUCAACGCCUCUUCUUACUGGCAAUAUUCAUGUUGAUCACGUCCAUAUUUGUAUUUUAUACGAUUUAUUUAGUAGUUCGAUGCAUACAUUAUAUAAAAGCUCAUCAAAGACUUAUGCUAAGAAGAAAUUCAAUGGCUAUUGCUAGUCAAAUUGCUUAA